UGAAUAAUGCAAAAAUAUCCAAUUCCUGAAUACAAAACCACUCCACAAUUACAAGCGGAAAUUGAAAUAUUGAAGCAACAACGAGCCAAUCAAUCGGGUAGAAAAACUCGUAAUACUUACCUCCCGGCUCGUCGUUGGAUUCAACGAAAUCCUAAACUAUUUCAAAUAUCAGUAAUUACUGGAUCAUUGCUGAUAUUCUUUUCAAAACCUUUAUACGAUAUAUUUAUUGCCGAACCAGUACCGCCAACCAAACGUGUGCCACCACAUUUACGUUAAAUAAAUAGAUUAACUUUUAA